AUGGGGAUUCCUCUCUACGUCAGAAUUAAAGACGUGCACCCGCCACCUGCCGGGGUGAACUCUCAUGUUGUUCAGUCAUCAUCUACGUCAAUUGAGUUUGGUUCAAGAAACUACCAUUUUGAUCAAGUCUUCACAAGCAAAAUAGACUACCAACCCUAUUUGCAAAACGACAAUGAUUCCGUCACGGUGUUCGUAGGACCAACUGGAAGCGGUAAGACCACCUGUCUUCGGCACAUGUUGGAUGCCACUUUGAACUUUUGGCAACAAAAUUCGUGGUCGUCGAAGAAAAUCAGUGCUUUUGAAAUCAAAGAGAACCGUCAUGUAAUUGAUUUGACUGAGGAAAAGAAAGUUCCCAAGCCUUUAAAGCAGGUUGGUUCCAUUCAAUUGAGUGACUUGGACCAUGCUGAGCAGACUUUCAAGGCAAUUUUGGCAUGUAGAACAACAGCUCCAACUGCCACCAACCGUGAGUCGAGUAGGUCUUGUUUGGUUUUGAAAAUUGUCGAUGGUUCCUCAACGACAACCUACGUGGAUAUGAUGGGCAACGAGAAGUUCGACAAAGGAAGCGCAAACCAAUUUGCCAACUCUACUAUGUCUUCUUUGACUCAAUACCUCAAGUCUAAUGGUUCCGGUGGAAGAUCUGCCAAUACGAUUAUCAAUAUUAUCUUUGGCGACCCCAAGGCCAAAAUCUCAGUUGUGUUGGCAUUGGACCCCUACGGAGACCCACGGUUGAUCAAAUCGUCAUUGUUGAACAUUGCUGAUUUGACUCGCCAAUGUCAGCCAGAGUUAGCGAGAGAAUCAGUUACCACCGCUGCUCCGAAAUUACUUCCACACUACGCAAAGCCUACAAUUUCGUCUUUGAGUCCUAAGAAGGCUUCUGUUCCGCAAUGGAGUACUGGAAGAGUCACUAAGCCCGCCAGAAAACCUACAAUUGCUCGCAAGAUUGUCAACACUCUUUCCAGAACAUUGUAUGGAAGAGGAGCCGAGCAAAGUAGACAAAAGAUCGAGAAACUAGAAGAGGAAAAGAGGAAUAUGGAAAGCUUUAUCCAGGAGCUUACAAGCUCAAAGGACCGUCUUUUGGAAGAAAUCGCAGCUUUGGACGAGUCAAGAGUUCAGCUAAUCGAAGACCUUCACCAAUCGAAAGUUUUCAUUGAAAAAAGUGAAGCUGAAAAGGAAGCUCAGUUGUCCGACCUUCGUGAGUGUCUCCAGAACGCACGCUCAACUCACGGCCAACUUCAAGAGUCAAUCAAUGGUCUUAAGAACCAGGUGGGUACCAUUGAGGCUUCAUUCAACGAUGCCGUUCAAAAAGGUAAUGAAGUAGAACAAACGUUGAGGGAAGUUUCUGAGGUCAAAGAGCAGUUGGAAACCAAAAUAGCUUCCUUAGCUUCGAGAAUUGAGACUUUAAAGGAGUCUGAAGAACAAAAGACUAAAGAGAUUCUAGACUUGAAGAGAGAAUUGGGCUCAAAAGAGAAUAUAAUUCGUGAACUCAAGUCCAGCGUUGGUUCUAAACUGGAAACAGUCAAGGGCCUCAAGUCUGAAUUGGGUUCCAAAGUCGAAACAAUCAACGGUCUCGAGUCUGAAUUGGGUUCCAAAGUCGAAACAAUCAAGAACCUCGAAAUUAAAUUGGAGGAAAUGGAUUCUUUCAGAGCAAAAGUAGACGAACAAAAGAAGCUGUUGUCUGAGAAAGCAGCAACUGUCGCCAGUUUGAAAUCCAGAAUCGAUAAUCAGGACAAGAUCAUUGGUGAGAAGGCAGAGACCAUAGCUGAGUUGAAAUUACAACUUACUAGUUUCGGAGCUCAAACUUCGAAAUUGGCUAGUCAAGAAGAGAUUCUCGCCGAGAAGACGGCUACCAUUGCCGAAUUGAAGUCAAAGAUUGAGAGCUUGGAAGAAGAAAAUGAGAGAAAGAACGAAAAGGAUGAUUUGCUUACUGAAAGAAACGAGACUAUUGAAAUGUUGGAGAGGAAGGUAGAGGAGCUUGAGAAAGAAAUUGCCAUGAAAGAUACCCAAGACAGUGUUCAGAAGUCAGAAGCCAUUGGUGAGCUCAACCUGCAAAUUGAGGAGUUGAAGGCUCAGCUUUCGAAGUCUCAACAAGAUCAAGAAAAGACCUUGUCUUCAAAGAAAGAGUUGAAAUCGACGAUAUCUACUAUGACCAACGAAAUCCGAGACUUGAAGAGAAAGCUUGAGGGAGAAACUACAGUUGACAAGGAGAACCAACCUACAGCUUUCGUUCCUCCUCAAGGUACAAUCAUUAAAAAGAAGUUUACCGGAGACGAUAUUUUUGUUGACCAACAAAAUAAAGAGUCAGUGCCAGAGACAAACCAGGAGAAGAAGCGCAAGAAAUUGGGAAACAUUGACAAUUACAGAAGUGCCAUGCUUGAAAUGUCAGCUAAGAAACACAAGAAGAAGAACAAGCCUCUGAAGCUUCGGGCUUUAAACUAG